AUAACCGAGAGGUUCGAAAAUAAGGAAAUUUAUAAAUACCAACUGCUAAUGUUAUUUUUAGAUUAGUUAACUGAAGCUUAUGUUUAAAGUUGCAGUGCAUGGUUAACUUCUCAAGUUUCUGCUUACAUUAAAACAAAAAUGUGUUGUUCGUUUGUGGAGUUGUGAUGAAGAACACAUAAAGUUAUGAGGAACCGAGUAAACCAAGUGGUCAAUGGUGAAAAGGAACCAUCAACGUUAAACGAAAAUAAUGGGUUGAAGUUGAACGACGAAGGCAAGUUCGUAUCUAGAACACCGCGUAAGCUUUUUGCAGAUUUGCAUAGACACGCCAUCAAGCUUGGAUUAAAACCUGAAGACUUCCAACAAUUAACCAGUGUAAACGAAAUUCAGAAAUCUAGAAACCGUGUAAACUAUUGUAGACUGUUAAUAACGAUUGCAUGUAUAGUUUUUGUGGCUAUAUUAUUUAUUUUUGUGACAGAAUGGCCAGUAUCUAACACCCAUGUAAUAGUGUGGUGGUUUAAGUGGUACAAAUCUGAUCCUUUGAAAGAACCAUGUGUUGUAUAUGUACCAGAGAGCGUUACGGAAAAUAUAAAACCACCGUUAAACUGCGAUUUUUGCAGGAACCUUCACCAUGUGGUUCAUAUUAAUAAUAUCAGUAUCGAAGACUUUGAAAGUCAGUAUGCAUAUAGUGGAAUACCUAUUGUCGUUAGUGAUGGCACUAAAAAUUGGACGGCAUCAGAAUUUUUCAGUUACAACUUUAUGAAAGAAGUGUUUAGUCCUGGAAGUGAAGCACUUGACAAAGUAGAAAAAGAGUGCCAGUUUUUUCCAUACAAAACAGAUUUUACUUCACUUGGAAAAGUGUUUGAAAUGAGCGAGGAAAGAGCUUUCAUGAAAGGCAAAUCAAAGCCAUGGUAUAUUGGAUGGAGCAACUGCGAUAAUUCAGCAGCAAAUAUAUUGAGACAACAUUAUACUAGACCAUACUUUUUACCAGAGUUUUCAGAAUCUAGCAAAACUGACUGGAUAUUUAUGGGUAGCCCAGGCUAUGGGGCUCAUUUGCACAUUGACCAUGUAGACUUACCUUCAUGGCAGGCUCAGAUAACUGGUAGAAAAAGGUGGAUUUUACAGCCUCCACGGGACUGCUAUUUUCAAUGUCCGCGACAGCUAGAAGUUAUUGUAAAUCAAGGAGAAAUAAUCGUUUUAGAUACAAACAAGUGGUACCACUCUACACUAAAUAUAGGAGAAAAUAUCAGUAUAACAAUAGGAUCAGAAUAUGAUUAGAUACAAUCAUAUAGAUAACUGCACCAUGUUUUUUCAGAAACAUUCCUUUAAGUUAAUUUUAGCACAAGUUGAUCCUGCAGGUCAAGAGACACGUUGAACAGAUACACUGUAUUUUGUUUAAUUUUAAUGAUAAUAAGUUACUGGUCAAUGAGCAUCAUUGAAGCCCAGUUCUCAAUAGUGUGUGCAAAUAUAUCUGAACGGGCCAUAAAGAGAGGUUACUGUUCAGGUAAUAACUAUUAUUCGAAUGAGUUUGUUUAUCAACAAAUUCUUGUAAAACUUUAUGAGAAUGCUUAUUACAUAAGGAUAACAGUAUUGAGUUGGGAGCUUCUAGUCAUUCUAUUUUUUGAAAAGACCAGAACAGUGGGGCACCACAAUUUUUUAAUAAAUUAUAUAUAUUCAGGUGAUUUUCUUUCCCUCAAUAACCUAUUGCAGUUCUUGAACUUCUUAUAAAGAUUAACCUUUAUUAAUUAAAAAUAAGUAGAAGUUAUCAAGGUUACGUUUGAAAGCCAGAUAACAACUGACAUCACCAUGUCAAAAACGAGAAGAUAAACAAAAAUAAUCCGGAAAACAAAACUAAACACCGAGCAACAUGAGCCCACCAAAAUCUGGGGGUAAUCAUACAUGUGUCUUAAAAUGUUAAUGUUAAUUUGUAUGCCCCACCUACGAUAGUAGAAGGGCAUUAUGUUUUCUGGUCUGUGCGUCCGUUCGUCCGUUUGUCCCGCUUCAGGUUAAAGUUUUUGGUCAAGGUAGUUUUUGAUGAAGUUGAAGUCCAAUCAACUUGAAACUUAGUACACAUGUUCCUUAUGAUAUGCUCUUUCUAAUUCUAAAGCCAAAUUAAACUUUUGACACCAAUUUUACAGUCCACUGAACAUAGAAAAUGAAAGUUCAUGUUUCAGGUUAAAGUUUUUGGUCAAGGUAGUUUUUGAUGAAGUUGAAGUCCAAUCAACUUGAAACUUAGUACACAUGUUCCCUAUGAUAUUAUCUUUCUAAUUAUAAUACCUAAUUAUUUUUUUAUCCAAUUUCAUGGUCCAUUGAACAUGGGAAAUGAUAGUGUGAGUGGGGCAUCCGUGUACUUUGGACACAUUCUUGUUUCUUAUAUACUUGGUAGACAUGUAACCUACGCCGCAUUUCUAUUCAUAUAAUACCAAAACUGAAUAUUUAUUAAUAUUUUUCUGUAGAUGAUUAACUUUGUGAAAUGAAUAAGACUAUAUCAUUGUAAUUUAAUUUCAUAGGUAACAUAUGAGUAUCAGAUAAACUCUGAUAACUUAUAUUAUUAAAAUGAAACAUUUACUCAGUAGGAUGUUUACCUUUUAUAUCGAUAGACAGCUUAUGUAUUUGUGAUUAACUUGAUAAUACCAGUCCUUUUUUAGCCUUCCAUUGUCACAAAUAACGCAUGCUUUAUAGUACUUCAUAUUUAUAUUAAUAUGGUCGUCUGCAAGGAACUGAUGUAAAAGUCUGUUUAGUACAAGGAAGAUUUGUAAAACAUGGAUUUAUUCAUGGAAAUUAAGUUUAAGUUUUCCAUAAUGUAAUGUAUUAGCGAUAGUGUUAAGUAGUGAAUGAAAUGAUAAAAAAAUAAGAAUGUUUUAAUUUGCUGUCGUGUGUCUGCUUUACUUUCUAAAUAUUUAUGUAUUUUAUCUAGAUCGACUUUAGUACUGUGAUUUUAUCAUUUUUUAUAUAUUAUUUAUGAAUAAGUAUAAGUAAUCCUUUUUUUUUAUAAUUAUAUUUUAUAUUGAUUGUAUGAAGUAUGUUUAUUUAAGCAAUAAAUGUGUAGAUUUAAAAAAAAAAAAAAAAUAUUUGAUAUUUUUGGCGUGCAAUAUUGAAGUUAUUUUUCAUUAAUUAAGAUAUAUAUCUUUCGUUUUAAUCUAAAAUAUGAUAAAACACUUCAUAAACUAACAAGCAAUCUGAAGAAAAUGCUGUAAUUGAGGAACAGGCCAGAGAAAACAUUAAAAUGACUGAAAGACCAAAUUCUUUUAAAAAGAGCAGCAUAUUUAAAUAUUGCAAUUGUAGUUAAAGUUCUUAUCAUGUUUCAAAAGGCUGCUGCUAUCAAAUACGAUCCUCUUAAACAGAAGAAAAACAAAAAUUAUUCAAGUAUGACUAUGCUAUUUCAUCAAAUAUGUUCAACAAAAUUGAUUAUGACAUGGAUUGUGUGAAAAAAAAAGAAAAUACAAAUGUAUACAGAAUAUGAUGAUAUUUUAUUGCAUGUAAAAAUGACACUUUUUUUUCAAUUCAGCGAUAAUAAUAACCUGUGUAUUUCAAUUCACAGGUAUGUUAUAAAUAUAACAUAAUUGAUUGUAAUAUGUUUGGUUUGAACUAUAUGUUAUUCCAACUAAAUCAUACAACUAAGGAAAAUAAUCAUUAACAAUUAAGAUUCAGAAACCAGUAACACGACUCUGCCAGUUAUCUAUUUAAAUAAAAAUAUGUGGUAUGAUUUCCAAUAAGACAACUCUCCACCACAGACCUUAUGACUCUGAGGUUAACAAAUAUAUUGGCCAUUUAGGCAUUUAUCAAUUAGUUAAUGUCAUACCGUUCAAGAUCUUUAGCAUAUAAUACAACAGUUUAAAUAUUAGUCUCACAUUGAAUUAUAAAUGACAUCAAGCCAUCAAGCAGUAUUGAAGCAACAUCUAACAAAACAGUGGCAUUGUAUAAACAUUCGUUCACAACUAUUGUAAUUAUUUAUAUAUUUCCUUGGUAAAAUACAGUAUGCAGUUAGACACAUUUCAUGGACCAAACACAAAACAUGUCUGCAUCUGUUAAUCAACACACUUACAAACACACAGACACAUACCUAAUGUUUUAUCAUUAAAAAACAAGAUUUAAAAAAAUCAGUCAUAUACAGAACUAAAUUGAAAAGUGCAAAAGUAGUGUGCACCAUAUCACAGAACUGUGAAUAAGAAUAAGAAUAGAUGAUUGUUUGUUGAUUUUUUUGUUCCAAAUAAGGCUUUAUUAUCAAUUUUAGUAAAAUGCAUUGGAAUGUGAGACAACUGAAAUUAGCAAUUUAAUUAAUGGCACGAAAAAAAAAACAGUUUCAGUCUGAUUAACAACGAAUUAUUAUUCGAUAGUUUUAUACUCUGGACAGUCGCAAAUAAGUUAGAAAAAAGCCUUAUAAUUCAAAAGUAUUUAAAAAAAAUUAAAUUCGUCUUUUGAAUGAUAACUUUAAAAAAAAAGAACAAAAA